ACUGUGUAAGGAGCCUAAUCAUAUUCCACUUAGAUGUAAUGAGGUGGAAAAACAAGGAGCCACCAAUAUGAGAACAUACAUAGAAACAAAAGUUUCAGAGGCCAUGCUACGGAUCUGUCCAAGGUGUAAAAAAAGGUUCUACAAACUGGCUGGUUGUAACAAAAUGACUUGUACAUGUGGAACUACAAUGUGUUAUGUCUGCAGGAAACCAAAUAUUGAUUAUGAACACUUUGAUAGUGGCAGUUGCUCUAUAGAUUCUGAUGUUAAUGCUCUGCAUGACCAGGAGAUGACAGAAGCAGCCAAUAAGGCAAAAGAAGAAUAUUUACGAGACCAUCCUGAUCAGGACCCAGACCUUGAUACAGACGCAUUGAUCAAUAAAUUAAAAGGAGCAUGGGAAGGUGAGAGAGAGGAUGGAUAUGGAGAUGAAGAAGAUGAUUAUGAUGAUGAGUGGUAACAGUUGUGUGAGAUAAUUUGGAUAUUUAUUUCUAUAAAAACAUAGAAAAUGUUCGAACAAUCAGCAACAGUGUUGUAAUAUACCUGUGGGACUUAACAUUUGUGUUGUGUCUGUGAUAAUAUCUGUGACUGUUCUUUCAUUCAGCAGACUCAGGUAGGACCUUACCAACAUUAAUGGAAUAUGAUGGAUAAAUUAUAUGGUGCAGCAUCUCUCAAGUAAACACAGCUGGGAAGGCAAAAUUGUAUUUGUUGUACACACUUUGUUGUUCUGUAAAGUUUGAAUAACUUAGAAUCUUAUACAAUAAGAAACAAACAGUCCUCCUUCAUGGAGCAGUGUUUGCUGUUUUGAGGUGUCAUUGACAGCAGUUAUAUUUUCUGAGCAUGUUGUUAUCUAAUAAGGUAACACGAUAUGAGCCGCGACAUGGGAAAACCAACAUAGUGGCUUUGCGACCAGCAUGGAUC